AUGAACUGCUGUAAUUGGACUUCAAUUGUUUGCGAUGGUGAAACCGGACAUGUUCUUCAACUUCACCUCAGAACUUCACCCCCUUCCUAUUAUCAAGCUGAUGAGAUGUCACGGUUCGGUGGUGAAAUACAUCCUUCAAUACUUGAUUUGAAACAUUUGAGAUACUUGGACCUGAGUGGCAAUGACUUUGGUGGAAUGCAAAUUCCUAGUUUCCUGGACUUAAUGAAGAGUUUGACAUAUCUUAACCUCUCUGAUGCUGGAUUUAGUGGAAGCAUUCCUCACCAAAUAGCAAACCUCUCCAGUUUGAUCUAUCUUGACCUUGGAGGUAAUUUUUUCAAUGGAAGCAUUCCUCACCAAAUAGCAAAUCUUUCCAAUUUGAUCCAUCUCGACCUUGGAGGUAAUUCUUUCACUGGACCCAUUCCUCAUCAAAUUGGGAAUCUUUCUAGCCUACUCUUUCUUGAUCUUGAUAGGGAUUAUCAUUAUGAUGACACGGAUUAUGAGAUAUCCUUGUUUCUAGAAAAUCUUCAAUGGCUUUCAUCCCUUUCUUUCCUCAAAUAUCUACAAUUAAGUCAUGUGAAUCUAUCUAAUGCAUUUGAUUGGUUGCAUGCUUUGCAAUCACUUCCCUCAUUGACAGAGUUACACUUAACAAGAUGUACUCUUCAUCAUCAUUUUGAUCCAACCAUAGUGACUAACUUUUCAUCUUUAGCAGUUCUUGAUCUUUCAAAUUUUGUUGAUUUUGGAGCUUCUUCCAUUCCAAAGUGGAUUUUUCAACUAAAAAAUCUGGUUUCUCUUAAAUUAAGCUCUAAUCAUUUGCAAGGGUCCAUCCCAGAUGGCAUUCAAAACCUCACUCUCAUUGAAGAUCUUGAUCUAUCUUCUAAUUUGUUUAAUUCUUCUAUCCCUAAUUGGUUAUAUAGUUUGAACCAUCUCACGUCUCUUAGACUCUCUUCAAACCAAUUGCAUGGAACAAUUUCAUAUGCGAUUGGGAACUUGACUUCUAUGGUUACUCUUGAUUUGUCAGAAAAUCAACUUGAAGGGCCAAUUCCAAGCUCUUUAAGAAAUCUUUGUAGCUUAAAAAGUGUGUCUUUCUCAAACCAAAAAUGCAAUCAACAAGUUUUUGAAAUAUUAGGAAUAAUCUCAGGAUGUGUAUCACAUACACUAGAGAGUUUGACUUUAUCUAGUUCAACACUAUAUGGUCAUUUGACAAACCAAAUUGGGAUUUUCAAAAAUCUUGUUUAUCUUGAUCUUUCUGGUAAUGAUAUUCAAGGUGAAAUUCCUAAAUCUUUAAGAAAUCUCAUCUCUUUGAAUCAUCUUUAUCUUUCGGACAAUCAAUUCAUUGGAAAUCCUUUUGAUGUGAUACAAUCCCUUGUAAUGUUACAAACACUUUCCAUUAGCGAUAAUCUUUUUCAAGGAGAGGGAGAAUCAAUUUUUAGGGAUUAUUCCUUCAUGGAUGGACAAAUUCUCUUGAAUUUGAAGGGUUUUCUCCUAGGAUCAAACAAAUUUGUUGGUGAGAUUCCCAAGCAAAUAUGCUUGUUGAAAUUUCUACAAAUUUUGGACCUUGCACAUAACAACUUGACUGGACAAGUACCAAAAUGCAUCAACCAAUUGACUGCUAUGUUGGUGAAGAAUAAUAGUUUAGACUCAUACAUCGAGAGCAUAAUAAAUAGCAGUUACUAUUAUGUAUUUGAUGUGCUCCUUGAGGUGAAAGGAAGAGAUGAUGAAUAUAGGUUUGUAGGACUUGUCAUAAGUAUUGACCUUUCAAGCAACAAAUUGUCUGGAGAGAUACCAACAGAAAUCACAAAUCUCAAGGGGUUGCAUUUUUUGAACUUGUCCAACAAUAUUUUGCAUGGCCAAAUUCCUCAAAGCAUUGGCAAUAUGGAAUCAUUGGAGGCUAUGGAUUUCUCAAACAAUCAACUUUAUGGUGAAAUCCCAUCAAGCAUGUCCAAUUUAAAUUUUUUGAGCAAGUUGAACUUGUCUUACAAUAAUUUGAUGGGGAAAAUUCCAACGGGCACCCAAUUGCAAAGUUUUGAUGCGACUAGUUUUGAUGGCAAUGAUCUAUGUGGUCCUCCACUACAAAACAAUUGCAUUGAUCUAUCCAAUGUCCAUGAACAUGGCAACAAUGAGAAAGAAGCUCGUGAACAUAAAAUCAAUUGGUUUUAUGUUAGUAUGCCAUUGGGAUUUGUUUCAGGAUUUUGGAUAGUAGUUGGUCCUUUGCUGUACAGUACAUCCUGGAGGUACAAGUAUUUUCAGUCCCUUGAUUAUAUGGUGUACAAACUACAAUGUUUAUGGUGUUGA